UGUGUGUGUGUGUGUGUGUGUGUGUGUGUAGGCGCGCGUGUGUGGUGGGGGUAAAGGCCCCCUCCUUCUGCCUCCCUCUUAGUCCCCCACCCCUUUGUAAUGUUUGUCCCUGCUUGCCCAUCACCAGGGGGGUUGAGAGGAGUAUGACAGGUCUUUGUUGUCUGAAUAAAAAUCCGUGGCAGCUCCAGGGAGAGGACUCCUCCUACUAAAUUAUCAAAAAUGGGCUGGCUUUAGUCUCUUAACAAAUUGGACACAGCUCCAGCAGGAGCAGUCCCCAACCCAACCUACAGGCACUGGGAACUUGCUGGCAGCCGGGGACCGCUGGAUAUAGCACUUCGUUUUCUUUCUUUGUGUUCAAAACUAUUUUUCUUUCUUCCUCGGAUUUUGUUUUCCUCCCCCCCCCCACCCCCGCGGCAGUUGUAUCCCAUUAGUAACUCGAUCUCUCACUGCAGUAAGAUUCUCCUGCUUUCCCCUCCGUCCGCGUUUGUUUGUUUUCUGCACAUCUCCUUCUGGGAAACGCCAGACCUCCCCGCCCCCCUUUCCCACCGCUUUUUUGCCCGGGUCUUUCCCCUCUCACAUAGAUAGGUCUAUUUCCACUCGGUCGUCUUCUUCUUUUCUCUCUUGCCCCUGUCCCCGCGACUCUACGCUCCUUCACCGCGCAGCCCUGCGCGGUCCCCUUUGCUUCCUCACGCGGAUGAACUGAGAGCCCCAGGCGAGCGUUUAUGGAAAUAGUGGGGUGCCGAGCCGAAAACAAUUCGUGUCCUUUCCGCCCCCCAGCCAUGCUCUUCCACGGGAUCUCCGGAGGCCACAUCCAAGGCAUCAUGGAGGAGAUGGAGCGCAGAUCUAAGACCGAGGCCCGUCUGGCCAAAGGCACUCAGCUCAACGGCCGCGACGCGGGCAUGCCCCCGCUCAGCCCGGAGAAGCCCGCUCUGUGCGCCGGCUGCGGGGGAAAGAUCUCCGACAGGUACUAUCUACUGGCCGUAGACAAGCAGUGGCACCUGAGGUGCCUGAAGUGCUGUGAAUGUAAGCUGGCCCUGGAGUCUGAGCUCACCUGCUUUGCCAAGGACGGCAGCAUUUACUGCAAGGAGGAUUAUUACAGAAGGUUCUCUGUGCAGAGAUGUGCCCGCUGCCACCUUGGCAUUUCUGCCUCUGAGAUGGUCAUGCGCGCCCGAGACUCUGUCUAUCACCUGAGCUGCUUCACCUGCUCCACUUGCAACAAGACCUUGACCACGGGCGACCAUUUCGGCAUGAAGGACAGCCUGGUAUACUGCCGGGCACACUUCGAGACCCUCUUGCAAGGGGAGUAUCCACCUCAGCUGAGCUACACCGAGCUGGCAGCCAAGAGCGGAGGCUUGGCUUUGCCUUACUUCAAUGGCACCGGCACGGUGCAGAAGGGGCGGCCCCGGAAGCGGAAGAGCCCAGCUCUGGGAGUGGACAUCGUGAAUUACAACUCAGGAGGUUGUAAUGAGAACGAGGCAGAUCACUUGGACCGGGACCAGCAGCCUUAUCCGCCUUCACAGAAGACCAAACGCAUGCGAACUUCCUUCAAGCACCACCAGCUCCGGACCAUGAAAUCCUACUUUGCCAUCAACCACAACCCGGAUGCCAAGGACCUCAAGCAGCUUGCUCAAAAAACAGGCCUGACCAAAAGAGUUUUGCAGGUUUGGUUCCAAAACGCACGAGCCAAAUUCAGAAGGAACCUUUUGCGGCAGGAGAAUGGGGUUGUUGAUAAAGCUGACGGCACGUCGCUUCCGGCCCCGCCCUCAGCAGACAGCGGCGCUCUCACUCCACCCGGCACUGCGACCACUUUAACAGACCUGACCAAUCCCACUGUCACUGUAGUGACAUCUGUGACCUCUAACAUGGACAGCCACGAAUCCGGAAGCCCCUCACAAACUACCUUAACGAACCUUUUCUAACAUUGGUUUUUUAUUUUUUAUUUUUAAAGGAUUCUUCCUCUUUUUAUUAUUAUUCUAAUAUCAUUAUUUUAUUAUUUACGAGACUUUUUUUUCCUUCUCCUAACCCACAAGAUAUUUGGGGAAUAAAAUAGCAGCUUGGUGUGUAGCAUCUACACCACUUGGCUAUGAGUUUACAGUAUUGUUGCUUUUAAGUGAACGUAUUUUGUCUACAAGGUGUACUUGAUCUUUUUUCUUUAAUCAGGUUUUUGUUUUUUCUAGUUGGUAGGGGGAGAUUUUGAAUCAUUCUAUUAAGUGCCUCUUAAAAUUGUAUGUUACUUAUUUCCAGAAUUUCAAAGGGAUAAAAAUGGAUGAUAUUAUGAUGGGCAAAGCAUAUUCCUGUUUCUGUGAUCAAGUUAUUAAUGAAUCAGACACUGUUAAUUGUUUUUUAAAUCUUAUAAUUUAAAAUUUUCAUAUUAAAAAUUAAAGACAAAAGUACUAUUACUGUCUUUUUUUAUACCUGAACUAUUAAUUCAGGUGAGGGAUAUGAUUAAAGGAAACAUUAGCAUCAAUUUUAAAUAGUAAUGAUUAACUGGGUGGGAAGUCUAACUCAGGAAUGUAACUUUUCCUAUUGUUAGGGCUUUACACCCCCCAUUUUACUGUUUUUCAUAUUUAAAAAAACUUAAACUCCAUGUGUAUCCAUGGAAGUUACACUUAAAAUGUGAAAUUCUGUAUUUUGAACUCCUACAUUAGAGAGAGAGAGAGAGAGAAAGAGAGAGAGAGAAAGAGAAAGAGAAAGAGAAAGAAGAUGCUUUUUAGUCAGUGUUUGAAGCUAUUCAUUUUACUUAACCUUUUUUUCCUGGAGAAAUGGAAAUAAGCAAAAUACAAUUUUUUAAGAAGUAAAAAAGUUGGCAUAUAUUAAUUAAUAAUUAAUUGGCUUCAGCUGUACCAUGAUAUUGUAUCUGGCAUUCUACAUAAUGUCUUAGUUUUUUUAAACCAACUUAGUAAACUAAUACCAACAAUGAGAAUUACUUGGUUUUUCUUUAUUUUUUAAACCAACUUAGUAAACUAAUACCAACAAUGAGAAUUACUUGGUUUUUCUUUAUUUUAUUCUGGCACGGGUUGAUUUAUGUAUAAAAAUCUUUUUAAUAUUACAGAUGUGAAGUUAUAAGUCUUAAAGUAGAUAAACUCAGAAGCCUUGUGGAUGCUGAUCUGAAUAUAUUUCCUAGUUUACAGCAGCAUUUUUUUUUCUUUUAAUUUAAGGUGAAAUCUUAAUGGUCUGGGCAGUGGUGAAUGUUCAUCUAUCUGCUUCUGUUGUAGUUAAAAAAAUCAACUAGAUUGUGGAUUUCCUAAAAUAAUAAAGAAGUCAAGAUCUAUGUCUUGCUUUAGUGGAUUGUUAAGAAUGACUUUGCACAUACUGUCCACUUUUUUGCACCCCUUAAAUCUCCUCUGGUGGUCGAAGUGGCUAUUUAAUAGAUUUUAAAGGUGCCCUUCUGGCUGUAUAAAUGUGUGGUUACAUAUCGACAGUUCACUGCCCACAUUAAAGUGCAUUAUUGUAACUUUUGCUCAGGGUCUUUAGAAAAUUAGCACAGAAAGUAGCUUAUUUUUUAAAAAAAAGAUGAUGGAAGAGAAGUUAACACUGUAACAGAAGAAAAGUGUGAUCGCCAUUAUAUAUUUAGCAAGUGUGGUCAUCUUCUAUGGAGCUUAAAUCUUGACUUUUCAUAUUUCUCUUACAUUUUGGGCAUUUACCACUAACCAGACCAAACAACCUUGUUAAGGCUGAGAUCUUAUUAACACAUUUUUACAGGUAAAAUAUCGAUACUUAGAAAUUUUGUUCUUUGACAGAACAAUAUAUGGUACUACAGAUCUACUUUAUUAAGUAGACUAAUUAUAACUCAGUUCUCCUAUGUGCCUUAUGAUAUAACUUGGAAAUAAGUUUGUGAGAAAUCAGGAUAUAUGUGUUGUUUGUUAAAUUAACUGUUUUAAGCCCUUUGACACCUCACUAGUUUUGUACUGUUUUACCUCUUAUUUCUGAAACUCUUUUUAUGGUGUAUCCUGUUAGAGGGGACAAACAUGUCAUAGAAAGCAGUUGUGCACUCUUUCAAAUAUAGUUGAUAAAUCCAAUAAUCUUAUAUAUUGAGCUUCGUGUUUAUAGUACAGUAAGUGGUCUAGCAAAAUUGUCCAUGUUCCUUUGUUUAUUGAUAAAUGCAUUGUAUAGAAACUAUUUCCCCUAAAUAUUUAUGGACCAAACAAUUGUGAUAUAUCCUAUUAAAUUUGUGUGAAUAAACCAUUUUGAAUCUAAGGA